AUGGCUCCUCAGCAAGUCGACUUUGAGAAGAGCGUCGGUCACACGGAUGGCGACACACCCGUCGCCUGGAACCGCCGUGACCUCCUCCUCUACGCUGCCGGCAUCGGCACAGGGCCCGAUGCGCUCGACUACGUGUACGAGGCUUCGCCAGGCUUCCGGGCCUUCCCCACCUACCCGCUCGUCCUCGGCCUCAAGGGCACCUCGCCCGACGUCAACGUCUUUGCCGAGAUGAUCUCGUCGCGCCAGGGCGUGCCCGGCUUCCCGAAGCUCGACCCAAACACCAUCGUCCACGGCGAGCAGUCGAUCGAGAUCCUCCACGACAUCCCCACCAACAGCGGCGAGGGCUGGAAGAUCCGCAAGCGCAUUGUCGGCGUGCACGACAAGGGCAGCGGUCUCAUUCUUGAGACAGAGCAGGCCCUCGUCAGUCCAGUGGGCCGCACCCAUGCCAUCAUGAUUGGCAGCGCCUUCUACAGGGGAGGAGGCCAAGGCACCGGCUUCUCAAAGGCCCUUGUCACGAAGCCGCCCGUGACAAAAGCGCCUGGCCGCGGUGCCGACUUUACGCUGCGCGAAAAGACGAGCCCGGGACAGGCCAUCGUCUACCGCCUCUCUUCCGACUACAACCCCCUCCAUAUUGAUCCGCAGAUCGGCGCAAAGGGAGGCCUUGGCGGCGUCAUUCUCCACGGCCUCUGCAGCUACGGCUUCGCCGCCCGCGCCAUCCUCCGCUCCGUCGUUGGCACCGAUGGCCAGCCAGGCUCGCCCGCAGCCGAGCUGCAGGUCAUGUCUUCCCGCUUCACCUCGCCCGUCAAGCCCGGCGACGAGCUCGAGACCUCGGUCUGGUUCACGGGUGAAAAGGACGGCGUCGUCGAGAUUGCCUUUGAGCAAACCGUCGUUGGUGGCAAGAAGAGCCUGGGAGGCGGCUAUGCCAAGGUCAAGCGGGGCAGCAAGCCCGCCGCGUUCAAGCUCUGA